AUGGCUCCAAAAAUCUGGGAUGUUCUUUCUCAAUCUAAACGGGUUAUAGAAGCUCAACCUCGCCAUUACCUCACUCUCUCCCUAAUCUUCAUCUUACCCCCAAUUUUCAUCUCCUUUUUCGUCAACUUGCUUGCCAAACACUUUCAACAACAACCACAACAGGAGACCAUCUACCCCACCUUAAUAUUCACCCUAGUUUCUAUUCUCUUCCUCCUUAUCUCUUCCAUCUUCACCUUCUGUGCAUUUAUCUCCAUCACUUAUAGCGUUUACCAAUCCUUUUUUAAUCAACCUAUCAAACUCAAAGAAGCCUUCAAAUCCAUCUCAACUUCCUUCUUCCCGUUACUCGCCACCGACAUCCUCAUCUUCACCAUCUUCAUCGUCGGCUCUUUUCUGGUUGGACUUGUCAUUGGAGUUGUUUCGUUUCUCAUCAAAUAUCUAGGCGGUGUCAACCUCCAAGCUUACUCUUAUUUAGCUGUGGUUUUAGUAAUGCUUGUUUUUCUCCCUCUUCUGAUUUAUUUGAUGAUUAACUUUAGUUUGGCGAAAGUUAUAGUGGUGGUGGAAUCAGUUUGGGGUUUUGAACCAUUGAGAAGGAGUUGGAAAUUGGUGAAAGGAAUGAAGAGGUUGAUCUUCUCAAUCUCUUGCUUGUUUGGGUCAUUACAAUUAGUGUUGGUGUGGAUAACUGGUUAUAGCUGGGUACUGAUUUUAGUGAUUUCUCCAAUAUUUGCUAUGCUUUCGCUUUACGGUAAUGCGGUUCUUACGGUGUUGUACAUUUACUGCAAGGAGAAACAUGAGAAGCUAGCAGAUGAAGAAUUUGGGAAGGAAAAGAACGAGGCUAGGUUGCCCUUAAUUUCAUCAUAA